ACGUCUGUGGCGUGUACUUGUAAAUUGCAUCUUAAGGGUUUACUGUAUUUGCAGAUCGGUGGCACUUACUGUAACCCAGUAAUUAUGCCGCCACAAGUUGCGAUCGGUGCAAUUGGCCAGAUCUCAAAGCUACCACGAUUUGGUGAGGAUGGAAGUAUCCAUGGAGUAAACGUGGUGAAAUUUUCAUGGGCUGCCGACCACCGGAUUAUUGAUGGUGCAACGAUAGCUCGUUUUAGUAGCCUAGUUAAACGGUAUCUGGAAAAUCCAUCUACAAUGGUUGCUGAUCUGAAAUAA